GCUUUUAUAGAUAAGGAGAUACACGGCUGAGUAUGAACGCAGAAACCCUAGGCUUAAGAUCUAGGCUAGAUAUAUUAGAUUCUCUCCCUCUUUCGCUUCUUUCUUUGUCAUUAUCGUCCUGCGCACCGCAAUUCCUCGAAGUUGCCGAGCUUGACGGAAACCCCUCUGAUUUGCCUUCCUCUUCGGUUGGUGAUUACUACUUGUUAUCCAUCCUGGAGUUUAGCAUUCAGAAGACUAGGUUAAAUUGGCUAGUUUAAUAUCAAAAUUAAUUUAGAAAUUUAAUCAAGGAAUUUGCUAUUGGUUUAAGAUAGAGAGAAGGAUUAUAAGUUUGGCAAAUCGUGAAGUCAUGCCAAUUUCAGGAAACAAAGAGACUGGGGUUAGAUCCAUUUCCAGGCAGUCUAGUGAUUACAUUGCAGGUGUUCCUAUCAAGAAGAGGAGGUUCCCGUUAUUCAAUUCUCCUCCACCUCUAUCUGAAGUUCCUUCCGACUCACUAAUGAAGGAACAAUCCAACUCACUACAAAAGGGACAAUCUGACUCACUACAAAAGGAGCAAUCCAACUCACUACAAAAUGAACAAUCCGACUUGCUACAAAAGGAACAAUCCGACUUGCUACAAGAGGAACAAUCAAAAUCACUACAAAAGGAUCAAUGUGACUCACUACAGAAAGAGCAUUCUGAUUCACUACAGAAGGAACCAUCUGGUUCACUGUGGAAAGAACAAGCUGAUUCGCUGCAGAAGGAACAAGCUGAUUUGCUGCGGAAGGAACAAUCUGAUUCACUGGGGAAGGAGCUAUCGGAUUCGCUGCGGAAGGAACAAUUUAGCCCAUCUCAGGGGUCAGCUAUAUCAAAUGCUAGCCAAUCUCAGGGGUUAGCUAUAUCAAAUGCUAGUGUUGCAACAAGUUCUGCUGCUAUGUCUGAUGCAAACGAGAAACCUGUAUCUGAGGAAUGUGAAGGGAGUUCUGAUGUUACAAAUGUUACUGUGGUCCAAAGCAAUUCUUACACUAAGAUCAAACUUGAGGAACCAAGCCUCAGAAUUCACUCUGGUUCUUUGGAUGAUAUUGAAAGCAAAGACAAGCUUGUUGCGGCCGAAAAAUCUACAUUUCCUAUGACUUUGGGAAAAGCCAAGUUGCAGUUAGCACCAAGUGAAGCUCGUGCACUUAGUGUGGGGAAAGAGAUUUAUAGCAAAGAAAAAAUUGAAGGCAAGUGUAAAGCCAUGAUUCAUAUGGCUCCACAGAAUAUUGAAUUGACACUAGGUAUAAAGGAACAUCUUUUUCCAGCUUUGGCAGAUCAGAACAGUGAUGGGAAAGGCCAGGAUCAGGAUAGUUUAGAGCCUGGUUUGCUGAAUUUGUCUUUGAGCAAGGAAUACACUGGCAUUCAGUUGAAAAAUGAUGAUGUUGAGUCGAAUAAUGGUGCACAGCGGUGUGCCAAUAGGGCAAACUGGGAUCUGAAUACUACAAUGGAUGCAUGGGACAGUUCUGCUAAUGAUGCAGCUGCAGGUCAAGUAUCUGUUGAUGGGUUUAAUACAUCUGAUUGCACACAAGACGUAAAACCUUUUAUUUGCUCAACCGGGAUGAUUGGAACUCCUGCUGCUCCCAAACAGCAUAGCCUUGUAUUGAGUGAGAACAGAGCUAAUUUUGCCGUACCGAUCAAACCAUCUUGCCAACAAUAUAAAUUAGAUGACCCUCUUCAUUUAGGCCUUAGUCCAUCCUCUCUUCAGCCAUGGGUGAGCAUGCCGCCUUCCGCCAGCAUAUGCUUUCCAAGAUUGGUGGCUUCAACUAGCAAUUUGAACAGGGUUAAUUAUAGGACUGUGAAAUCCGAACCAUUUGAUGAGAACAGCAAAUUAGAUGAUAGGGGAUCUAAAGCCAAUAAUAUGGGAUUAUUAUUAGAUCAUAGAACUCCAAAGCAUGGAUUAGUUGAGCCGUGCAGUCUUAACAAAUCUUCAAAUACUAGCACCCUGAAAUUAGUUGAUCGUGCAUCCAUAAAAACUGAAACAGCUCAUGAGGGUUUUCGGGAAGCACUUAAUACUGUAGAGGGGACUUCACAAGAAGUAGAUAAACAGGUGCUGCAAGGUUUGAGUAAUCAUUCUUUUGCUGUGGCAAUGCCUGGAACUGCACAAGUCUCCCGCCCUGUGGGAGAACCUUCUUGUUCAACAGAAUUGACUAUAGCCAGUGAUGUAGUAAACCAUGUAGAACACAGUGAACACUCUGUUUCCAUAGGGCCCCAUAUUAAUGGGGAGGUUGUGCCUCAGGAAGCAUGUGAAAGAGCUAUGCAAGUUUCUUUAGAAAAGUCUCUGAAUCAUGAUGGUAAAGAAUCAAGUACUUCUAUGGUGGCAGAUACUGUAAGAAGUGGAGAUGGAAAUGCUUAUGAUUCUGAGCAGUGCAGAUUGAAAUCCAUGAAUGAAGAGUUCCAUGAUAUGCGGGGAAGUGAAGGUUCGGUAAGUGAUGAGGAAAAGAUUAAUAUAUCUGCUGAUAUGCUAGAGGAAGAUUCUUAUAGUUCUGAUUAUGAGUCAGAUGGGAAUCAUCCUUCAGCUAGGGCCGUGGAUACAAAACUAGAUGGUGAAGAAGAUGAUUAUGAAGAUGGUGAGGUAAGGGAACCUCUAGUGCACAAUGCAGUAGGUGAGCCCAUAUUUGAGAAACAAGAAGUAGAACACAUUGAUCAAGGUGACUCUGAUAAUAGAGACUUGGACAUUGUGGGACAGCCUGGUGAUUAUCAUCCCACUUCAUCCUAUGCUGAGGAAAAAGAGGCUAAAACAAAAGUUACUGAUGAAACAAAUAACGAAGAUACUAAAGAUUGUGUUGACUCGGUGAAGGGGGACACUGAUAAUGCUGAUAAACUUAUGUGUUUGCAAGAAUCAUCGACUGUUGAAAACCUGGCCAGUGGAGCUGAAAUGAAGAGGCCCAUUAAUGACAUACGAAGAAAACCACUUGACGGAUCAGGUAGUAAAGAUUGCUUAAUGGAACAGGACAGAGAAUUAUCAUUUGAGCAAAUCACUAAAGGAAACCAAGAAGCUGUUGCUGCUGUUAUUCAGUUUGCUGAUGAGAAUGUUAAAAAUAUUGAUUUUGUGGAAAAUAAUAUUACAGCUCUGCCAAAGAUGGAAGCAUCUGCAAAUGGUGAUGAUGCAGCUAAGGAUGUCAAUAGUGGUGGUAAUCGGAGCCGCAUUAUAAAUUUGUCUCGGGCUUCUAAUGCUUCAUCUCCUAGUAAAACAAGACCUAUUUCUGCCAGGUCAUUGCCAUCACGAGCUGGAAGAGAAAGAUUACCCGAUGUAGCACUUGAGGGAGAAAAGUUUCAUUCGCGAGGGAGAGAUGAACUAUAUGUUGAGGGUUCCCAUAAAUUUUCCCAAGAGAGGCACCAAGAUCAGUCACCCAGAAAUUCUAGAAUAAAAUUUUUGCAUGGCAGAGGGAGGAUCACUAAUCAGUUAGACACUUUACAUGGUGACUGGGAUUCUGACCGGGACUUCAAUCCAGAAUUUUAUAAUGGUCCAACAGAGUUUCGUAUUCCCAGAAAUAAAUAUGUAUCUGCUGAUGCUGACCUUGAAUAUGAUAGUUAUAAUAUUGCACCAGAUGGUGCAUUUUUUGGCACUGGUCGGGGUGGGAGGAAGCAUUUAAAUGAUGAGAGAGCAGUUUUUCGCCAUAUACCCCAGAGAAGACGGUCUCCUGGAGGAAGAGAUGGGCCUGCUGCACGUGGUGGUGUUCAAAUGAUUCGUAGAGUUCCAAGAAAUGUGAGCCCUGGUAGAUGCGUUGAUGAAGAUGGUUCUGAAGUGGUUGGACUGAGGCAUGGUGAGAAGUUCAUGAGGGUUUUUCCUGAUGAUACCAUAGAUCCCAUGUUCACACGUCCCCAACCUGCAUAUGAGGGAGUAGGCGGUCAUUUUGCUCGAGGUACUAGAAACUUUUCUUCUGUUCAGAGAAGGGGUCUUCCCCGAGUUCAUUCGAAAUCUCCAAUAAGAUCCAGAUCUCGUUCUCCUGUCCCUUGGCCAUCUCCAAGGAGAAGAUCCCAAGAUGGCUUUGGCGGACAUCCAGAACUGACUCAUCGAAGAUCUCCCCCAAUUUACAGGAUGGAAAGGAUGAGAUCUCCAGAUCGGCCUUGUUUCACUGGAGACCUAAUGGUCAGAAGGCAGGGCUCCCCGCAAUAUAUGUCACGAUCAUCUAAUGAUUUGAGGGAUUUGGAUUCUGGACGGGACCAUGUUCAUCCAAGAUCUGUCAUUCCCAAUAGGAGCCCAUCCGGUCGGAUUUUACUCAGAAACAGGAGAUUUGAUGUUAUAGAUCCCCGAGAAAGAACAGAUAGUGAUGAGUACUUUGGGGGGCCCAUGAACACUGGCAGAUUACAUGAGCUUGGUGGUGAUGCAAAUGGUGAUGAGAGAAGAAGGUUUGGUGAGAGACGGGGACCUGUCCGUUCAUUUAGGCCUACUUACAAUGAUGCUAAUGGUGAGGGUUUUCAUCUUAAUUCAGAGGAUGGCCCUAGGCCUUUUAGGUUCUGUGCAGAAGAUGAUCCAGAGUUCCAUCAAAGAGGCAACUUGAGAGAUAGGGAGUUUGACAGGAGGAUUAAGAACCGGUCAGGAAAUGCGCCUAGAAGACCAAGAAGCAUUGAAGAGCAGGAAGCAAAUUACAGGCAUGGUGGGCAGGUGUGGCAUGAUGAUGGGUUUGAUGAGAUCUCCCGAGUGAAGAGAAAAAGAUUUUGAUUUUGAUUCUGCUGUGAGUUAGGACUUAGUGUUUUGUUUAAGUGGAGAUAGAACUUGCAGACUGAAUUGGUCUUGGUAAUUUACAGCCUGAUCAGGGACAUGUUACUUACUCAAAGUAUGAAUGAAGUUGCCUGUUUGCAGUUUUAUUCAAGUUGUGAGAGAAACAUCAGAUGCUGGCUUUGCUUUUCAGUUGUGUGUGGUUCAAGACUGGAUGAUUUGCAACCAAUGCAUGGCUGGGCGUCGUGUACAUAGCUUGGUUCUUCUGGUACUAUGAUGGCUAAAUCAACUAAACUCUCAUACUAUAAGUUCCUACUAAUAAUGGGUAUUAGGGCAGUGUCUCAGCUUUAUUUACUAAGUUGUACUUUCAUAAAUUAUGGUGGCGCAUUAUAAAUCUUGGCAAGGUAUUUCAUAUAAUCCUUCAGUGAAGAUUCUUCUAAAGUUUCUUAGUAUCUUCGACUGUUGAUUUUGGUGCUGUGCUUGGCGGUCCAGAGCAGGUAUGCUUGAAGGAGCUAUUAGAACUUUGAAUUAAUGUUUAACCAUCAAGGAAUAAUUAAUAAAGUUGCUAAUUGCCUAUUA